AUGGAGGACUCCCUGGAAGAGGAGCUGGACAUAUUACAAUUGGGCAAUGACUGGACCAAGAGGAUUGAGUAUCAGCCUGGCUCAGGGAGCGUGCCGCUUUUCCCCAGCAUCCACCUGGAGACGUGCGACGGGGCCGUGUCCUCCAUCCAAAUCACCACGGAGCUGCAAACCAAUUACAUCGGGAAGGGCUGCGACCGGGAGACCUACUCUGAGAGAUCCCUUCAGAAAUUAUGUGGAGCCUCCUCUGGUAUCAUCGACCUCUUGCCAUCCCCCAGCGCUGCCACCAACUGGACAGCAGGGCUCCUGGUGGAUAGCAGCGAGAUGAUCUUCAAGUUUGAUGGCAGACAAGGGGCCAAGAUCCCCGAUGGGAUUGUGCCCAAGAACCUGACAGACCAGUUCACCAUCACCAUGUGGAUGAAACACGGCCCCAGCCCUGGUGUGAGAGCCGAGAAGGAAACCAUCCUCUGCAACUCAGAUAAGACUGAAAUGAACCGGCAUCACUACGCCCUGUACUUGCACAACUGCCGCCUCGUCUUUCUCUUGCGCAAGGACUUCGACCAGGCCGACACCUUCCGCCCCGCGGAGUUCCACUGGAAGCUGGACCAGGUAUGGCACUCAGCUCACCCCUCACCCCUCACCCCAGCACCCCCCUUUGCAGGGGUGGUAGGUGUGCUUCAGUGA